UGCAGGGGUGUUAUCGGUCUAAGAGCAGGGGUUGCGGCCUAACGAUAGCUGCCGGAGCAGUGAGAGUCGAGCACAGAAGAGGGCACCGCAUUAGACGGACCAGCAAGUGAUGUUGGAGCUAGAACCGUACAGCAUGGUACUUUCCGUCUCUAUCUAAUUACCGGCCUGGUCCUGUUCGGAUAUCUUCCCCUCGUCACCUCGGACUCCGUUUCCUCAAUUGCUCGCUCUUUUAAAGCUCCCUCCCGUCCGCGAACAGGAAAGAGAUUCCUCGUUUUCGGCAGUAGAUAACUGAUCAAACCAAAACAUGGAAAAGGCCGCGGUGCAAGGAGAUGGGCUUCUCAUCCCGCUCAUCGACUUCUCCAAAUUCCUCAACGGUUCUCCUCCCCAAAAGCUUGAAACUGCCAAAGCCAUCCUGACAGGCUUCCAAACCGCCGGAUUCAUCUACCUCUCCAACCUCCCCAUAGCACCCUCCACCGUAGCCCAGGCCUUCGACCGCUCCGCCCAGUUCUUCCGCCUCCCCCUUUCCACGAAAGACUCACUCGCCUGGUCCACCCCUGAAGCCAAUCGCGGCUACUCCUCCCCAGGCCGCGAAAAGGUUUCCCUUCUGGCCAACGACGCCGAUGUCUCGGCAUUGCGCACCUCCAUCCCCGACAUCAAGGAGUCCCUCGAGAUCGGCCGGGAAGACGAGCCGGGCCACCCAAACCGCUGGCCCUCCGAGGAAGCCGGAGAAGGCGCGCCCAACGAACUGACCGGCUUCAAGCAGAGCAUGCUCUCCUUCUUCGGCGACCUCGCCGAGCUGCACACGUCGGUGAUGCGCGCCAUCGCGGUCGGCAUGGGCCUGCCCGAGACGCACUUCGACCGCUUCGUCAGCGACCGCGACAACACGCUGCGCCUGCUGCACUACCCGGCCGUGCGGCGCGACGUGUUCCAGAUCAACCCGGGCCAGGUGCGCGCCGGCGAGCACUCGGACUACGGCUCCGUCACCAUCCUCUUCCAGGACCAGCGCGGCGGCCUGCAGGUCCAGAGCCCCAGCGGCGCCUUUGUCGAUGCCACCCCCAUCGAGGGCACCUGCGUCGUGAACGCGGGCGACCUGCUGGCGCGGUGGAGCAACGAUACGAUCCGGAGUACGGUGCACAGGGUGGUUGAGCCGCCGAGGAGGGAGGGUGGUGAGGAUGGGGAGACGUACCCGGCGAGGUAUAGCAUUGCAUACUUCUGCAACCCCAACUUCAAGGACUUCAUUGAGGCUAUCCCGGGCACGUAUGCUGCCGAGGCGGACAAGAAGUACGAGGGUAUCAACAGCGGGGAGUACCUGGUUCAGAGACUGAAAACGACGUAUGGAUAAGACUUGAAGGAGAAGUGUGAUUGUAACUCUGGAUACAUAUAUAUGAUAUGUUUGUUCGCAUGCAACCAGCGGUUGGAACGCAUCUUAGGACCGAAUGCGCCCUUCGUUAUGCGGAUUUAAUAGUCCUUUCCACCAACGGCGAUAUUGUUUCUGAGAGAACCUCAGACAGGCCAGAGCUCAUGUAAAGAGACGGGUUCGGGCCUCUACAUGGAUACAUUAUUCACUGUUUAUACCGAAUGUGAAAAACAGGAGAAGUGGAAAGUUUGCCAGUCAAAGUUGGCCCUGCCAGUCUUCACUAACCAACGGCAGCGGUGGUACCUAGGUAAAGAGUCACUCGGUGGAUGUCGCGGGGAGAAUCAUUAAAUUUAAAUAGACACCAGAAAAAGAAUCUAUGAAAAAUAGUGAAAUAAAAAGAGAGAAAAGAGCAAAAAACUAGAAUAAAAGAAAGUUGGUAAAAGACGGAAGAGGAAUAACU